AAAGGGGAAUUGUUAAGUGUGACCAUCUCAUUUCUCAGAGCUUUCAUUUGCAUCUCAGAGAGGAACUAAGUGUAUCAUACCAGCUGUAUGUGAAGCAUUGCCAAGUGCAUUGUGAGACUAACAGUACUUUGUGAGAACAUUUCCAUCCAUUCAUUUCUAACUGGUUACUCCAGGCAAUAGAGUGAUCAUGAACUCAACUAUUGUAGGACAAAGCAACGAACAAGUCGACGACUACGCUUUGGACUACAGCUACACUUUGGACCACAACUACACGUAUGUAAACAAAAACAAUUCAGAAGGAAAUCAUGCACAUUGCAGGGAAACAGCAUGUGUAUUCUCGGUUAUUUUAAAUGUUAUCAUUUUCCUGCUUGGCAUCAUUGGAAAUGGAGGGGUGAUCUGGAUUGCUGGUUUCAAGAUGAAGAAGAAAGUUAACACCACCUGGUAUCUGAGUCUGGCUAUGUCUGAUUUCAUUUUCUGUAGUACCCUUCCUUUAACUAUUGUCAAAUUAGUCACAGACAACUGGCCUUUUGGACUCUUCAUGUGCAAGUUCACAUCUUUUGUGAUGUUUAUCAACAUGUACAGCAGCAUCUUCAUUCUUGUCAUCAUAAGUGUGGAUCGUUGCUUGACUGUUAGGUUUCCUGUGUGGGCUCAGAAUAAUCGCUCUAUAGCCAAAGCCAAUGCUGUUGUUGUGUUUGCUUGGGUCAUGUCGGCUUUGUUAAGUAUACCAGCGGCGAGAUUCAGAAAAAUCCAAGACAAACAAACAUACAAGGUGUGUUAUAACGACCAUGAGGGACAUCACCAAACUGCUGUGUUCAUUCGAUUUUCAUUCGGGUUUUUGAUUCCAUUCCUGAGUAUUUGCUUGUGCUACUCCAUCCUGAUCCGUAAACUUAGAGAGAACCACAGAUCCAAAUCCAACAAGCCCUACAAGAUCAUGACCCUUUUGAUCGUGACUUUUUUCCUCUGCUGGAUGCCAUUUCAUAUUGUUGCCGUAAUGGAGUUGGGUGAAUAUAAGAAUACGCCAGGCUAUUACUCGGCGCAAUAUGUAACCGCUACCAUUGCCUGCGCAAACAGCUGUCUCAACCCAUUCCUGUAUUCAUUCAUGGCCAAGGAUUUAAAGAAGAAAUGUUAUUCAUUCCUGUCAAAGAUUGAGAGUGCCAUUGAUGAGGAGACCAGAAGCGGGAUCAGAGGAACUUCCAUUACCUAUUCUGGGGAUCAUAGACUGUCCACAGCAGUCUAAAAGUGUAAAGGUUUAUGAGUCUUUACAUGAAAUACAACAUAAAUCAUUUAUAAGCAAUACCUUUUUAUCUACGGUGUUUUUGUAUAUAGCCAGAUUUUUCAGUAAGCUAAAAAUGAAUGAAUGUACUGUAAAUACAACUAAUUCUUACUUACAAAUUUUUCUCCAACAAAUCUAAAAACUUGUGUUUUUGCAGUUGAUACGAAUAUAAAAUGUUUUUAAAUAGAAGUGAUAUGUUUUAUCUUUUAAAGUAUUUUGUCCGGAGAGCAUUACAAAAUAUAUGUGUUUAUUUACAUGGGCAUGUGUGUAUACUCUAUCAACAUUUAUAAAAUUUUACAUUUUAAAUAUGAAGCUCACAAUCUGGAAUUUACUGGCAUUAUAGCUUUUUUAUAAUAUUUUUGUUGUUUUACUUGCUUUCACUUGUUCGUGUUUGUUCUGUGUUGAAUUGCUUUUUUUAAAUAUAUUUUUUUUGCAAUUUAAUCACUGAAGGCAGAAAACAAUUCCACAGAGAACAAUUGAACAAUUGCAUCCAAAACCUGAGAGAAUGUAAAUGUAUGUCAAAUGUUAUAUACAGUUGAAAGAAAAAGUAUGUGAACCCUUUGGGCUUACUUGGAUUUCUUCAUAAAUUGGUCAUAAAAUGUGUUCUGAUCUUCAAGUGAUGCAUAAACGUUCAAAUGGCUCAUUGCUGAUAAAAUCUUUUUAAAAAUAAAAAAGUGCUACAAAGCACAUUUGUCUAUAUUAAACAAGCGGUAAGCUUCGAUGUGCUCUCAAGGCAAGUGCGAAAAAUCACACAUUCUGCUACAGU